AUGGAUAAGCAGGCUAUUGACAGUCUAAACUUAAUUGAAUGGAAUCAGCAAAGAACUUAAAAACGAUACGGUUCUGUCAAGCGAGUGAAACUAAGGUCAGACUAUAAAACAAGAAAAUAAACACCGUCUCAACGAACUUAUUUUCAAGAAAUCAACAAAGUGUGCGAGGAUUUAAAUUUAAGUGGAUGUAACACUACCAAGCAUUAUAUAGAAAGUAAAUCAAAUAUGAAUAAUAGCAGUGGAAGCCAAAUAGCUAAUAAAGCUGCACCAAACAUGUACCAAAAACUUGAACCAAAUAUUAACAUAACUCUGGCGGAAAACUAACCUAAUUCAGUUUCUCGCUAUGAAAGCACAGGCAAUAAUGAAUUGCCUAAAAUGGAAACUGCAAGUAAAUUGGAAAAACUUAUUAAGGAUAUGCUUUCAAAAGGUGGCGAAUAAUAAUUACUUGCAAAUAAAUAAAUAUCAAUUAAGGUUGAGGAUUAAAAUGUGCAGAGUUUGUGUCAAGAUGCCGUAAACCUAAGCAAUUACUUAGAUAUUCAAAUUUAAUCUGAAAAUUAGCAAUAAGAAUCACUAAGUUUUAAAGAGGAACCCAAAAUAUCUGAUAACAUGGUACUGGAAAAAACAUUAUAAGCUUAGAGAAUCGAUAUUUUAGCUUUAUAAGAAAUAGAGAAGUCAAAACAGGAACUAGAAAAACGAAUCAAAGAAAGAUAUACAGUUUUGAGAAGUAUUUCAAGAAAAACAAACACUAAAAAGCCUACUAUCAUCACCUAAAAUCAGCCAUUAAUGCCAAAGGAAUUAAUAAUGCUAAAUCAAAGAGUUCAAUCCAUAAGUCAUGUAAGAUAAACAUCGAUAAAAUACGAUUUUCAUCCUUAUCAGCAAAAUCUUAACAUAGCUAGUUUUGGUAGCAGCUCUUCAAAAAUGAAAAAGAUUAAAAGACACAAUAAAACUACUCUCAUCAAUCCUAUAAAUAAUGAACAGCACAAUGGAAGGUUAAGUUCAUUAUAUGGCAACCUUACCUUAAAGGAUAAAUCACCUACAGUUUUAUCCAAAACCUCAACUAUGAAUAAUAAUAAUGCAUCGUUAAUUUACGACCCCAUUCAAGCUCAAGCAAGUAUAAUAUCUGCUAAAAAAGUAAAUAAACUUUAGAAAAAGAAGAUUGUCAUCUAAGACAACUUUAAUUUUUCUUUAAAAGAAAGUAUAAUGAGAGAUAUUACUCCCAUUAAUGACUCAGCCAAUAGGUAUUUUGAGCCUAUGAUUUCUAUCUCACGAGUUGGUACUGGAAAUCAUUCCUAACUUAGGUAGAGACCCCAAAGAAUGCCAAAUCAAUAAAAUAGUUUGAGAUGUGCUUCAUCUACGAUGAGACAUGCCAGAACUAGAAGUGGUUAGGUACCAUAAAUAUAUUUAAGAAAACAAAACUUUCAAAGAAACGAGACCAAUCUUAAAUCUCAAAACCAUAAGAUUGCUUCGCUGUCUCCAGCCAGUAAUAAUGAGAUGAAUGAUAAUUUAAGAGCAGAUUCUGUUCCUUUAGAUUCUUAAUUUGAACAUAAAUUUCCUCACCUUAAGAAUCUUAUGCCAUAAAAUUUGCAAAGUGAUGAGUAUGAUAUAAAUAGAGCUAAGCUAAAUGAGAGUAAAAGGGAAUUAAGAUCAAAAUAAAAUCUUAAUGUAAGGUAGAAAUUGAAUUUCAGGUAUAUACCUGGCGAAGAUAACAUCCAUUAGUAAUACACAACAGUAAAUAGUGAAAAAGAGCAAGAGGACAGAGCGUUUUGUAAAGAUUUAGAUAAAAGCCAGUAAAUGAAUGAAACAAAAACAAAAAUUGAAAUACACAUUCAAGAUGAGAAUCAGUUCCUAAUUACUUAAGAUGUAAACUUGCCAAUGAGAGAGUCGGCCUUUAAUACACCCUCUCAUCAGAAUCCUGACUUUGUUUUCUAGUCAAACAUUCUCAACACAAAAAAUAAAAGGUUUAAGAAUGUUUGGAGGGACUAGGCUGAUACUGACUCAGCUGGGCUUUCCAAAACUACCUUGAGCACCUAGAGACCAUUACUUUCAGGAGGCAUAAAUUUAGUUAAUGCUCUGUAAUACUAGCAAAACGGAAAUUAAAAGCCGACAUCUAAAAUGAAAAUGGUGAGCUAUUAAAAAGGGAGAUUUAGCAGCGAUUGUUCAUUUAUCAAACUCAGGUAAACUAUCUAAAAUGCUUAAAAGCAUUCUACCGCCAUUGAUGGUGAAGAUUCUUAGUGCAAGUUUGAAGAUCCAGAUAAAGAAGAAGUGAAAGCAGAAAAAAUAUCUUAAGAUAGCGUUGUUUAAAUCAAUGAGGAAGAGGAGUAUAUCGAGGAUGAAGAUAGUAAAAAGAGCAUCAAAAAGCCUCUAAAGCCUUUGAAAACUCAUUCCUCAUCCCACAAGAAUACUUCAGGUAAAAACUAACCAACUUCUUCAAUGAAAAAUCAUUCAAUAUAUGAAGAUAGCUAAUGUAAUAUAUUGAGUUCUCAUCAUAGUUGUAAAAAUGAAUAGUUCAAUGAAAACAUGAAUAACAAUUAACUUCACUCUGAUGAUGAGAUAGAAAUAAGAAGAGGUCUUGAAUCUUCUACUCAUCGAAGUCUAAAUCCAAAAGAGCCGGAAUUCUUAAGAUAGAGUACCCACUCACUAUUGGGUAAAAAUAGAGGGAAUACCUUAGCAGGAAAGAAACCCUCAGGUAACAAUAUAAUGAUAAGUUAGGACGAAGGCUAUGCUAAUGAUAAUAAUGAAGACGAUGAUAUUUAUGAGAGGGUGGAGUUGUAUAACGAUUCGUAUGAGAGUUAUUUGAAAAAUGCUGAUAACUUCAUUAAAUUAUGA